ACCUGCGCGUGCGCCAUUUCGACUCACAGGUCGAAGGUCCCCUGAGUCCGCAGCAGCGGCUGGGGGCUAGGUUCGGCGUCCGGGGCCUGCUGGCUGAGGCAGCGUCAUAGGAAGUCGCAGCGCUGUAGGCAGGUGAGAAAGCUGGAACCUCAGUUGGAAAAAGAGCCGUGAGGCUGAAGAAGGACGCUUGUGCUCAGAUGCCAAAGGACUAUGAGUUUGCAGAAAUUCUGGAGAGACUACAAAGUUCUGGUUGUUAUGGUGCCCUUAAUCGGGCUCAUACAUUUAGGGUGGCACAGAAUCAAAAGCAGCCCUAUUUUCCAAAUACCUACUAAGGACAACAUUCCUGAGCCAGACAGUCCAGCACUUGCAAGCCCACCAAAGAGACAAAUCCAAGGCAAAUAGAAGGCUUGCAAUCUUUAGACAGAAGCAGCUUUGAAUCUGAGCUCGAUAUUAAAAGAAGAAAUGAAAAUCAAUUGGAUUAGAAAGAACUGGCUUCUUGUAGCUGGGGUGGCUUUCAUAGGUGUCCAUUUGGGAACAUAUAUCAUACAGAGGGCUGCAAAACAGUCUGUGAAAUCUCAAGCAGGAGGCAAACAAAAGAGUAUUGAAGAAUAAAGUAAAAUAAAUACUUGGAAUUACUAAUAUGUUAUUAAGUCAUUAUGUGUUGAUUAGCUUCAGAAAUACCGAGUCAUAUAAUUUUAUAGCCACAACACUGAAUAUUCCUGAAGAAUAUUUUAAAAAAUAUUUUAAAACACAUGGCCAUAAGUAGAAAAUAUGGUUAACACAGUAAAAGCUGGCUUCGCAAGUCACACCCCAAAUAUGUUGUCUCGUUUAGAAGCUAAGAAGCCAUCACUGUGUCACAGCGAACCGCUCACAGCUGAGAAAGUCAGGGCCACACUUUGUGUCUUAAAAGGCAUCCUAACAUCCUGCUAUGGCCCUUCUGGGCGGCUGAAGCAGCUUCACAACAGCACAGGGGGCUCUGUGUGCACAACCUCCCAGUCUGCAGUGCUGCUGCGCAACCUCUCGGUCACCCAUCCCAUAUUAAAGAUCCUGACAGCAUCUGUGCAGAACCAUGUGUCCUGCUUCAGUGAUUGUGGCUUAUUCACAGCCAUUCUUUGCUGCAACCUAAUUGAAAAUGUUCAGAAAACAGACCUGACAGCCACCACCACCAUUAAACUUAAUACACACCUUUUAAAUUUCUGCACCAGUUAUCUCAGGUCUGAGGCCUGUGGCUGCCGGAUCCCAGUCGAUUUUAGUAAUACCCAGAUCCUCCUUUGUCUGGUACGCAGUAUUUUAACAAGUAAACCCGCCUGUAUGCUCACAAGGAAGGAAAUAGAUCAUGUCAGUAUUUUGAUUCUCAGAGCUUUUUUGCUUAUAAUUCCAGGAAACACAGAAGAUCCUAUCAUUUUAGGAAAGAGUAUAAUUGUACCUUUAAAAGGUCAAAGAGUUACAGAUUCUACUGUGUUACCCGGAGUACUCAUUGAAAUGUCAGAAGCUCAGUUUAUGAGGGUAUUACCUGUCCGAAAGUCAAGUCCCCUCAAGGUGGCACUUUUUUCUACAUCUUUAUCCGGAGACUUUUCUGACCUUGGAGAAGGAUGUAUGGUGGUCAGUGAUGGAGUGUCUCUUGAAAAUGCAGUCCUGGACCAGUUGAUUAACCUAGGAAGGCAAUUAGUUAGUGACCAUGUGGAUCUUGUCCUAUGCCAAAAAGUUAUACAUCCAUCUUUGAAACAGUUCCUUACUCUGCAUCACAUUGUCACCAUAGACAGAGUGGGAGUAAUGCUGAUGGAGCCUCUAAGCAAAGUGACAGGAACACAGCCUAUUGGUUCCCUGGGCUCAGUAUCUCCUGGUAGUUAUGGAAGUGUGAAAGACUGGUGCUCUGCUAAAUUUGGCUGGAAGCAUUUUUUUCAUCUUAUUCCUAAUGAAGCAACUGUCUGCAGCUUGCUUCUCUGCAACAGAAAUGACACUGCCUGGGAUGAGCUGAAGCUCACAUGUCAAACGGCACUGCAUGCCUUGCAGUUAACCAUCAAGGAGCCAUGGGUUUUGUUGGGAGGUGGCUGCACUGAAACUCAUUUGGCUGCCUGUAUCAGACACAAGAUUUACAAGGAGCCAGGAAGUAUUCUCCAAGAUGAUGGAUGUACUCAGGCAGAACUUCAACUAAUUGCUGAAGCUUUUUGCAGUGCUCUAGAGUCUCUCGCUGGCUCUUUGGAACAUGAUGGAGGUGAAACUCUGACUGACAUGAAGUAUGGACACUUUUGGACAAUUCAAGCAGGUCCUCCCUCUGUUGUUAACUGGACAGAUUUGCUUUCUCGAUGUGGCUGUGGAGUGUACAAUAGCCAGGAAGAACUCAGCUGGUCUUUCUUAAAAAGCACAUGUCAUCCUUUUGUACCCCAGGCCUGCCUUCCACAUGAAACUGAGGAAAUCAGGCCACAAUCAACCCACAGCCUAACCCUGGACUGUUUGACUGCUAAGCUCAGUGGUCUAAAGGUUGCUGUAGAGACAGCAAAUUUGAUAUUAGAUCUUGCCUAUGUCAUUGAAGAUAAAAACUGAUAUG